CAAACGAGUCAUCGCCUCUUUUAUUAUGUUAACACGCAAAACCCGGCGGGCUCGGGGGAAAUCGAGUUACCAUAUUUUCCCUCUCGGAUCAUAUAAAUGUCAGCUUGAACUUGUGAUGCCUAGCAGUGUCCAGCGUUACCGGGAAAUGGAAAGGACUUUGGAUAUGAAUGGAUAACUCGAGCUGUACGGGACUGUUCGUAUUAGGAGUAAAGUUAUAGAUGAUUAGUUUGAUGAAUGUUUGCAGAAAUCAGUUUCACUGAAGUCAUUGCCGAUUGUUUCUUUCUCCCGCCGGGAAUUCACGGUGUUUCAUUGCUUGUUGCAACUAAACGAUUCUCUGGAUCAUAACUCAUUUCGGUUUUCGGUUGAUGCUCUUGCUUUGCCCUGGAUAAAGCGGUGUUACUUCAACGAAUCAAACAAUGUUCACAGAGCUGGCAUCGAUCUUUCUUUUCGAGUGUUCAUGAUAUUCGCGCAGAUCCCAGCACAAAAGACGUUUGCUUCUAAAUUUAGAACAAGACUCGACUCACAAAGUCCCGGUUAUAACUCCGAUAUUUGAAUACUACCAGGUAGAGUAAGGCUUACCUUCUGAUUUGUUUUUUGUUGGCACGAUAUCAUCGAAAUCUUCCAAAUUAUCAUCAUCCGCGCAAUUUUCGCGCCAAAUCGACAAUCGUCUGCAUAACCGUCUCAUCUGUGAAAAGAAAAUUACUCUUUUUUCCUUUUGUUGAAAGAAAAGAAAAAAAUAUUGAAAAGGAUCUGAUGCCAAGUCAUAAUUGUGAACUUGAGUAUUGAAUUAAAAGCCUUUCUGGUGGGAAAGACAUGUUAGAUUGUAUUUUAAUUGAUUUCUCAUUUAAACGAUAUCAAAUAUCCUCGACGUCAUCUUGAAGAAAAAAAUCUAGGUCACAGAUUGCUUCGUAAUGCUUCAUUGAUUUCAGGAAAUAUGCUCAACUGUUCACAAGUGUUUAAUGCAUGUAAUAGAGGAUACUUAUAAGGGCAUAUUGUGAAUCUGCUGGUAUCAUUUGUAUCUACUUAUGUCGAUACUGCAACAUUGUCAUCGUUAACAAAAUAAAUUACAGUGGAGUACUCGCCAUUACUAAUUGUGACCUCAUAAAGGAUUACAUUCAAGUGACAGGCCCGGGUUUCAGCUGGUUUGUUUCGAUUUGAUCGCUUUUAUAUAGUCAGAGAAUCUGAACGUUCCCGAAAUCAAGAUGAGAACUUUCAGCAAUCUUCGAGUGUCAUCGGAACACCAUCACCAUCUCAUCAGUUAUCUAACCCUAUUCAUAAUCCAGCUUACCAGCGUUUUCUGCUACACGGUGGGCAAUGGUCGUCCCAACGCGAAUCCGUUCGCCAGCGGUAGCUACAACACGUACACCGGUGCGGGCCGGGCGUCGGGUACGACCGCGAACGCCAAUCCGACGUCGUACGGUGGAGCCACUUGCUCCCCGAAUGUCUACGUGGCUCCCACUAUCAAUUGCUCCACCAAUGAGCUCCAGGUGGAGCUGAAGAGGAUCCAGCAGGACGUGGCCAUGCUGUAUGAGAAUAUGCAAAGGCUGGUGGAUCGAGUAGGCUCAGCGCUGCCAGGCGUUUUGCCGAGAGACUGUAAAGACGUACAACAGAGAGGCUCGACGUCGAGUGGAACGUACACGAUUCAACCUGAUCAUAACGGCUGGCCUUUCCAAGUCUACUGUGAUAUGGAGACUGAUGGCGGUGGUUGGACGGUCUUUCAGCGCCGUUCAAAUGGCUCCGAACAGUUCCGACGCGGCUGGGCCAGCUAUCGACGGGGCUUCGGCUCGCCCCAAGGCGAGUUCUGGCUCGGUCUCGAUCGGCUUCACCGACUCACCUACCAAGACGAGUACGAACUACGGGUCGAUAUGUCCGACUUCGACAACAUCGCAGUGCAUGCUGGGUACACGUGGUUUAGGGUUGACGAUACGGCGUCGAAUUAUAGGUUACACGUUGGCGAAUACCAUGGAAUUGCAGGUGAUGCAUUGUCCUACCACGAUGGACAAGAGUUUAGUACGAAAGACCGCGAUCAUGACUCGAACAAUACGAGCCACUGCGCCAGGGUCUCCGGCGAAGGGGGAUGGUGGUUUAACCAGUGUCUUGAGACCAAUCCAAACGGUCUCUACCUGGGCGGCCACACGGAACGGUCACGAGAGGGCGUCGUAUGGACAGCAUGGAAAGGAGCCAAUUACUCGUUGAAGACGAUACAACUGAAAUUGCGCCCGGUUGCAGAUUAGCAGCAUUCGCCAUCAGUCAUAGACCAGCGUAAACAACGUUAUAUACCAGUCACACCGAGCCCGACUCCAGAUCGACAAGAAAAAAGAGAAGAAGAAAUAAAAAAGAAAAAAGAUAGAUGAUACGUUACCUCCACUGAAAUGGCUAUAAAAAAAAACGGUUUGGAGUCGGUUGUUGGGUGGGUUUGGCGAUGAUUGUGACCAAGGUAACACCUUCGACACCGGACACCGAUAAUACAGACAACACACCGAACGAAAGAUUACAAUACGCCCGAACGGCCACGAUUUUGUAGAGUAUCAGCCGGUUUGCAUGGAGUCGGUUUAGCGGUUUGUCAGGAUAUCGGUGUUACUGCAGUUUUAGGGGGCGUGUGCCACCAAGAUACCUCAAAAGCAUUAUUAAUAAAUUAUUGUGAUAUGUCACAAAAAACUUGAAGUCACUCCAAAUUUUACGUUCAGGAACACUUUAGAUGAUAACCAUGAUAACAUUUAUAUAAUGAUUUAGAUCAAGAGUAUUGAUACCAGAUUGGUUAGUGAAGGACGGAUAUAAUAAUAAAAAACUUUGAUAGUAUCAUAUAGGCCUUUGAAACCAACGGCUUCUUUGGGAAAGUUAUAACUUAAAAGUUUUGAAAGACGAAUGAGUGACUUUAAAAAAUUCCGGCAACAUUUUUACUGACACUAUGUAAAUAUACACUUUUCGUCUGCACACCUGGACAUCCCUAUGUCUCCACACACAUGCACUUACACAUCUGCAAGAAUCUUCAGCAGUGAAGGAGGCAGAUUAUCCUGAAGAAGAAGAAGAACAUUAAUUGGUGUCCAGGUAAAUUUGGUACAUGGUUUAGUGUGAAACAAAAAAAUAUAUAUAUGUUCAAGCGUCGGAUGAGAUGCAAAUGUUAAACCAGUAUGAGGCUAAUUUUUAAAAGGCAUAGGUCUAAAUUUGAAACGUCGGGUAAAGAGCAGUCCCAGAGACAAUUGUGCAAGGAGUUUAGCCAACUCGCUGACACAAUAUUGCAAUUAAGGUGGCUAAACUUUGUGCAUAAAUGGCAUUGGAACUAUCUCAGGCCUCAUUAACGAUAGCAGCCAGGUGGCGACUGUAAUACAUAUUUUUUGGCGAGAUAAUUGGAAUAGAAUUUUGAGACGAUGGAUGCGAAAAAGCAAAAGCAAGAUAAUUGAUGAUACCAGGGAGAUGACAUCCCUGGUGAUACUGAAAGAAAGCAAAUGUUUCAUGAUCUGUUUUUGACUUAUGAGAUAGCUUGUAUAUAAUCUGUAUGACAUUUAUGUAUAAUACGCCCGAACUUCAACGUUUACGUAAACCGUAGGGCGUAAUUUCCGACUCUUGCAUUCAUGUGUUUUCCUACGUAAUGCUGUGUACAUGAAACAUACUUUUUAGAUUAACUUAUUGAAUUUGAAUAUGCCACUUUUUAUUAAACUGAAUGCUAUGUAUAUAUAUCAAAUCAUCCAUUCGAAUUAUAUUG